AUGUGCACGACAUUAAAAAAUAAACUUCCAACAUUAUGUCAAACACUUUUUGAAGCUAAAGCUGCGAAACGUAUAACAUUUGCAGAUAUUGGUAAAAAGAUUGAUAAAGAUGAAGUUUGGGUUGCAGCCGUUUUUUAUGGACAGGCUAAACCGGAAGAAUCAGAUUUAAAGAAAUUAAGUGUUGUGUUAGACAUCAAAGAAAAUUAUUUGACUACUGAACUUGGAACCAAGACUUAUUUUCCUGAUCGUGGAGGACUAUUUCAAAUGCCACCGACCGAUCCUGUUAUUUAUCGAUUUUACGAAAUUUUGCAGGUGUAUGGAUAUCCGCUCAAAGCGAUUAUUAACGAGAAAUUUGGUGAUGGGAUUAUGUCUGCAAUUGACUUUACUGCCAAGGUUGACAAGAUUGAAAAAGAUGAUCACGAGAGAGUUAAAAUUACGUUUGAUGUGGCACAUCGUAUUGCUACCCUGGAUGCUCAACCAAGUAUCAAUAACGGAAUCAUUGUGAUGGUAACUGGCGAGUUGCUGGAAACCAAUGCACAAAGAUUCUCGCAAGCUUUUCAGCUCAUUCCUGAAGGUAGUACUUAUUGGGUGCUUAAUGAUGUUUUCCGUUUGAAUUAUGGUUAA